CUAGAAACGUUUCUCUGCUCUGUGUGCUGUGCAUAGUGUCCGUGCCGAUUGAGCUGUUUGCCUAUAAAUUAUAUGGAUGCAAACAGUAUUGUUUUAACGAUAUUUCGGAGAUAUAAGUCUACCGUGUACACGUCAUUCUGAUUUUUCCUCUGAUCAGAUUUAUUAAUUGCAUUUUUUAACGUGCUUUCGUUCAUAUGACAUUGUGCAUCGCGAAAAUUAAAAAAAAGUCCUCAUGAUGAAGCGACGUGACGUCAAAAGACUCUCUUGGCCCUCCGUGAAAGAUGCCUCGCAUUGAGAACGACAUCAAGCUGGAUUUCAAAGAUGUGCUGCUUCGACCCAAAAGAAGUACACUGAAGUCACGCAGCGAGGUGAACUUGACCCGCAGUUUCACGUUCCGGAACUCGAAGCGGUCCUACGAGGGCAUCCCAGUGAUCGCUGCCAACAUGGACACCGUGGGAACCUUCGAGAUGGCGCGGGCUCUGGGCAAGUUCUCUCUCUUCACCACGAUUCACAAGCACUACAGCACUGAGGACUGGAAAGACUUUGCCAAGACUUCCCCCGAAUUCCUUGAGAAUGUAGCAGCGAGCUCUGGGACGGGUCAGGGGGAUUUCGAGCGCCUCUCUGAGAUCCUUCGCGCGGUGCCUCAGGUCCAGUACAUCUGCCUGGACGUUGCUAACGGUUACUCGGAGCACUUUGUCCAGUAUGUGAAGGACGUCCGAGAGAGGUUCCCAGAACACACCAUCAUAGCUGGCAACGUUGUGACAGGGGAGAUGGUAGAGGAGCUGCUCCUGUCUGGAGCUGACAUCAUUAAAGUGGGGAUCGGACCAGGUUCGGUGUGCACAACGCGUCGGAAGACGGGGGUGGGGUACCCCCAGCUCAGCGCGGUCAUCGAGUGCGCAGACGCAGCACACGGCCUCAAUGGACACAUCAUCUCUGAUGGAGGCUGUACCUGCCCAGGCGAUGUAUCCAAAGCUUUCGGCGCAGGGGCUGAUUUCGUGAUGCUGGGGGGCAUGCUGGCGGGGCACUCGGAGAGCGGGGGCGACUUGAUUGAGAAGGGGGGGCAGCAGUACAAGCUGUUCUAUGGGAUGAGCUCCGAGACAGCGAUGAAGAGACACGCGGGUGGAGUCGCGGACUACAGGGCCUCUGAAGGUAAGACAGUGGAAGUCCCCUUCAAGGGCGAUGUGGAGCAUACCAUCAGGGACAUCCUGGGAGGGGUGCGCUCCACCUGCACCUACGUGGGAGCUUCCAAACUGAAAGAGCUGAGCCGGAGGACCACCUUCAUACGAGUCACUGAGCAACUCAACACAGUGUUCGGAGCCAGCAACUAGACCCCCCCCCCCCCCCCCCACCUUCAUACGAGUCACUGAGCAACUCAACACAGUGUUCGGAGCCAGCAACUAGACCCCCCCCCCCCCCCCCCCCCACCUUCAUACGAGUCACUGAGCAACUCAACACAGUGUUCGGAGCCAGCAACUAGA